GGUCCUUGGUCCACUGGUCACACUGUAGUCCAAAGAACUUAAAUUUCUAAUACUCUAGUGCACCUCAUCCGUCAUCCGUUAGGGCUUUCUGAGCCAUCCAAUAUUUAGUCAUGGGAAUAUCUGGCCUUUUACCGUUGCUCAAAUCAAUCCAAGUUCACCGACACCUCUCAGACUUCGCUGGUCAAACACUUGCGGUGGAUGCUUAUGUCUGGCUUCACCGAGGCGUAUACGCCUGCGCCACCGAAAUAGCCACUGGAAAGCACACUACAAAGUAUGUUGAUUAUGCUAUGCAGCGUGUUCGCUUACUGCGUCAUCACAAAAUUUGCCCGUAUAUUGUGUUUGACGGUGGGCCACUCCCGGCCAAGAUGGGAACCGAGAGUGAACGCAAGCAGCGGAGAGAAGAAAAUCUUGCGAAGGCAAAGGCACUGGCGUCCCAGGGAAGACACAAGGAAGCCCGAGAAUACUUUGUUAAAUGUAUCGACGUAACCCCUCAGAUGGCGUACCAACUCAUAAAAGCUCUGCGCGCAGAGAAUGUGCCAUAUGUAGUCGCACCAUACGAAGCUGACGCUCAAAUGGCGUAUUUGGAGCGUAUUGGUCUUGUGGAUGGCAUAAUCACCGAAGACUCGGAUUUGCUUGUCUUCGGAUGUCGAAAGGUGCUCUUCAAGCUGGACUCUGUUUCAAGUACUGUUGUCUCAAUCUCGAGGGACGACUUUGGAUCCGUGACUGCUGCUGAAGGGGGAAUAUCACUUCUUGGAUGGUCGGACGCUCAGUUCAGGGCUAUGGCUAUCCUUAGCGGAUGUGAUUAUUUGCCAAGCAUUCCAGGAAUCGGACUGAAGACUGCGUGGUCCUUGCUACGGAAGUAUAGAAGCGUAGAACAGGUUGUGCAGGCUAUAAGGCUUGAAGGGAAGAAGUUUGUGCCCAGAGGGUAUCUAGAAGCAUAUAAUCUGACGGAGAACGUGUUUCUACACCAACGUGUUUAUUGUCCCCUGGAUGAGCGACUCGUCAACCUGACGGAUAUCCCACCAGGAGUUGAGUGGGGCGAUAAAGUGGAAUCGCAUAUCGGAGGUGACAUAGAGCCUGCUUUGGCACGAAAGCUGGCUCAAGGGGAUGUUGAUCCAGUGACACUUCUACCAAUGAUUGAUAUCAAUCCAAGUUUCGUACCUCGCACAGUAAAGCCCCUCCCCUUUCAAGCAAAUAAUGUUAAUCGGCCUAGCUCAGUCCGAGGAAAGGGUAAAGCAAAAGCCGAGCCUGAGAGUGGCGGAUUAUUUACCUUCUUCGCUCCAAAGCCAAAAGCUACCCUCACUCGUAGUAAUUCCGCGCCAACAAAGCGAACGGCGGUGCCCGGUAAAGGUAGCGGAAAGAGAACACUUGUCGAUAUACUUGAUGAAGACCUCGCCGCGAAACGCAUAAAAAUAAAUCAGGCUUCGUCUCCCACAGAUAUUUCUCUCCCCACACAUUCAAGGUUCUUCCCCUUUCCAUUGAUAUCGAAACAGAAGGUGGAACAAGCCGAGGACGAUUUGAUGCCCAGUUCACGUAUCCCACACCCCCUAUCUGAUAAAGAAAAUCUCCCCGAUUAUGCCGACAACGUUAUUGUAGUCGAAGAAUUAGACGACAUUCUAGAAGAGCCCCGGGAUCCCGUCACACAAGAAGAUGGGUACCUGUCACCUUCCCCAUCCUACUUCCGAUCAGCCACACCUGAUCUCUCUUCACCUGUACGGCCGUAUAACCCCGCACGGCGUGAUUAUGGUGACGGAGACGACUUCGGCGCCGAUCUCAUCCCCAGCCCUACGGCAGUGAGAACAGUCAUGCGACAUGCCUCACAUCAAUGUUUACCGCCCAAGAAAGAGAAAGUCAGUAUCCUCGUUCGGGAAACGCCGCCGCCGAUGAAUGGCAUUAGUUCUGGCGAUGAAAUCGAAGGACCUGACUUGCACAACGUAACCGAGGCAAGUGCACGCGCAAAACGCACCGAGAUAGUCGCCAACGGGUGGUGGAAUAAGUGGGCCCUGAACAAGGACUUACACACUUCGAAGACUAGGGUGCUCAGAAGGCGCGAGACUACGAUCACCCCAGAUGGACGGCAGCCUGGCUGCCGUACUCGGCUAGGAUCUGCACUACCCAAAGCUGUGGGAGAUACAGGUAUCCGCAAUAGUCCACAAUUUGUGAUCGGUAAGUCGCCCGGUCUCGACCAAGAGCGGCAGGUGACGAUAGGAGGAAGUUGUCUUGAGGAAUUUAGGUGCAAAGCGUUUUAAGGUUGCAUUCUGUAUUCGAGCUGGUUAUUUCCGAUAUCUACUUCACGUCCAUCACUGUAUAUAAUUUUGUAUGGUGGAAUGAAGAAUGGCCGCGAUACCAGACUAGAAAUACAUGAGGUCGGCAAGCAACCAGUUAAGUACUAAUUUAAUUCUUUGUAGCAUUUAAUCUGUUCAUGUUUAGCAUGCCGUGCAUGCAGGCAUCCCAC